CAUUCGCAUUUCAUUUCUCGUUGCGAGCGGACGUCUUCGAUUGUUGCUGCGUUCAACUCAAUCAAAUCGUGAACUGCGACUAACUCCCAAGUGAAAUUCACUCAAAUUGUAAAUUGUGCCAAAAAGUAUAUUGUAAAAGCAAAUACUCAAUAUAGCUAAUGAAUAAAACAAAUAAAUCAAAUACAACAAAUGCGACGUCAACUCAAAUUCGGUGUUAAUUAAAGUGCAACAAGAAGUGUGACUACCCCUAUUUACAGAGUGUAGACUAUCCCUAGUAGGAAUCCAGCACGCUAUUUGUUGGUGUCAGUUAUACGGGUCAGCUGUGCAUAUAAUUUGCGACGCAACUGUAAACACAAAAAGCCGUCAAACUGUGGGGCUCCGGGGCAUUUUUUCUUCCUCCGCAAGGAAUGUAUUAUCCGCACAUGGUGCAGGCUGGCGUGGCGCCUUUUCCAGGCGCACCAGCUGGCUAUGCCGCCGCACCUGGACCGGCCGCUGCAGCCGCUGCUGGUGCGCCCACAGCGGCCGAGAGCUUGUCGCUGGCCGUGACAGCAGCCGCAAUCAAAACUGAGCCUGGAAUGCAGUUGAAGGCAACCGCCGAGUCUGCAGCAGCGGGCAAUGGCAGCACAGGAGCCACCGGUGCAACACCAGCUUCUGUGGCAGUUUCCACCAGUGUUGCCGAUGGCGUAGUCGUCAAUGCGCCGUUGUAUAUUCAACAAAAGACAAAUCUGUCAACACAACAACAAACACAACAGACACAGUACAAUGGCAGCAUCAGCAAUGGAACCGCAGCCCCAGUACCAGCAACUGGCACGGGAACAACUGCCACGACGCUGGUCACGCAACAGCAGCAGCCACCCGCACCUCUGACAAAUGGACACGCCAUGGAGCAACUGCAGCAGCAACAGCAGCAGCAGCAGCUACCGCAUACCCCACAGAAUGUGCUCAGCAUUUCCACAGUAUUGAUUGCCAGUGAGGCAGCGGAGGCACAGCAGAACUCUGCGUUGCCACAUGCUGGUGGUGGCGGUGGCGGUGGCGGCGGCGGCGGUGGCAUGCCCAGCUCACCGCUCAGCAGCUCACCGUCCAGCGUAACAGUUGCCUCGACAGCAGCCACACUCAAUGGCAACAGCAACAGCAAUAGCAUCCCCAACGAUGGCAACGUAUCGGGCAACUCAUCACCAAUUGCUAGCGGCGAGCCGCUGCUGCAAACGCCACCAGCAGCACAGCAACAACAACAACAGCAACAACAGCAACAACAACUUCAACAACAACAACAGCUCAAUUUAAGCAGCAGUCCUAUAGCAGCCACUUCAGUGACCGCCAGCUCCAUAGCCUCGGGCACCUUGGCCGCAACGAGCUGCAGCAUCUCCACAGGACUACUGCCCACAGCCGGACUGGAUAGUAAUGCCAAUUGUGGUGUGCCCGCAAGCGCCUCUCAGGUGAUUGCGCAUCUAAACGCAGUCAGUGGCAUUAUGACAGCGACCGUGCAGUCACCCAAUGUGGUCACUAGUCUAAGCAGCGCUCUAGUCCCGGCACAGUCGGCCUGCUCAUCGGUGGCUGCCGCCGUAGCCGCCGCUGCCUCGUUGGAUGCCAAAAGUCAGCCGAAACGCUUACACGUCUCCAAUAUACCGUUUCGCUUCCGGGAUCCCGAUCUGCGCGCCAUGUUUGGGCAAUUUGGCAACAUUUUGGACGUGGAAAUCAUCUUCAAUGAGCGCGGCAGCAAGGGAUUCGGUUUUGUAACAUUCGCUAACAGCAACGAUGCAGAACGAGCACGCGAACGUCUACACGGCACCGUGGUUGAGGGACGCAAAAUCGAGGUGAAUAACGCCACUGCACGUGUACAAACCAAAAAAGUGACAGCAGUACCCAACGUUGUACUGACCAAAGACGGUGCCCUACCGGCUCCAGCUCUAGUUUGCGUACAAUGGCCUGAAGCCGCCGUAGCCGCCGCCGCUGCCAUGCGUGGAGUUGCCAUACAACGUGGACACGUGGGCGUGGUCGGUGCCACACCCUUCCAUCAUCCCCAUCAUCCGCACCAUCACCAGGCGCUGGUUGCCGCCGCCCAGCAGCAACAGCAACGUCAAGUGGCCGCCGCUGCCGUGGCCGCAGCAGCCGCCCAACAGCAGCAGCACCAGCAACAACAGCAACAGCAGCAUCAGCAGCAGCAGCAACAACAACAGCAACAACAACAACAGCAGCAACAACAGCAACAACAUGCCGCAGUAGCCGCCGCCGCCGCUGCCCAGCACUCGCAACACGCCGCUGCCGCCGCCGCCGCCGCCGCUCACACACAUCAGCAUGCACAUGCGCAUGCUCUCGCCCCCCAGCUCGCCCAGCUGCAGCCGACGCUCCAGGCGGUCGGGGUGCCCACUGCCGCUGGCAGUGCUGCGGCUGCUGCCGCUCAGCAACACUCGGCGCUGCAUCAAUCGCUGGCAGCUGCCGCAGCUGCACAAAAUUCGGGCGUGGCGGGCAAUGCGAACGCUGCCGCCGCCGCUGCGUAUGCGGCACGCCUCUCCGCUGCCACGGCUUCCCAAACGCCGGCCGCUGCUGCUGCGGCUGCUGCUUCCAUGGCAGCGUCGGCUAAUGCGGCCAACAGCGCUUUGCAUGGAUUUGCGCCCGUAUACUAUGAUCCCUUCUUAGCAGCCGCUGCUUCCGCUGAUCCAAAUCUACGCUUCCAGGCAGCCAAACCGGUCACUGAAGUUCCAGCCGCACAGCCAGCCGCCAUAUUAAAUCGCCGCACUGUGACUACGCUAAACAGUACCCCACAUACGAUCAACCGCAUUCCGGUACCACAGAAUGUUUUGGCCACUGCUCCGCUGUUAAAGACACCCCUGUCUCAGGCCCAGCAGCAGGCGUACGCCACGGCGGCCACCACCUACACGGCGGUCGCUGCCCGGGCCGCCUACGGCGCCGCUGCAGCAGCAGCCGCCCAACCAGCACUCGCUGGCUAUGCCACCGUAGCGGGUUACGCGCGCGAGUAUGCGGAUCCUUAUCUAGGACAUGGCAUUGGACCCAUGCCAGGCUAUGGGGCAACACUGUAUCGCGGUGGCUUCAAUCGUUUUACGCCAUAUUAGAAAGCUUCAUAAGUCAGCCAAAUAACGCACUUGAACUACUCUCGAAAAUGCUCAAUGUAUGAACAAAAAUUAGACGUAAAUACUCCUCCUCUACAGUGCAGUAAGUAGAAGUUAAUUCUAACGCAAAACCAGAUGCUCAAAGAUGAUCGAACAAAACAAAAAAAAAAAAAAAAACAAAACAAAACCCGCUCAAUAUAUGGAGAGAUGAAAAUCAAAGCUAAAAGCAGCUGCAAACCUGUGGCAAAUUAAGCAAAAUAAAAUUUAAAAAACAAACUAAAAUUUUUUAAACAAAAAAAAAUCAAUGUCGUCCAUAAAAACAAAACAAAAAAAAAAUGAUGAAAACAACAAGAAAUGCAGUAUACACAAAAUAUUUAAAUGGCAAUUAGUUUGCAAAACGUGCUUCAUGCGUAGAUUUUUACCAAAAACAAAAGCUGAAAUUUUGUGCGGCAGAAUUUAUAUUUAAAAAAAAUAUAUAUAUAUAUAUACCAACAGGAUAUAUAAUUAUUAUGAUUAUUAUACCAAUAGAUAUGGUAUUUGUAUAUCAAAAAAGGAGCAAUUUUAAUGUAUUUGCCAACUCAAAAAUUAACAACCGAAAAAAAAGAACAUUUAUUUUUUGUUCAAUAGUUUUGUUCAUUAAGUUAGCUUUAUAUUUAUAUAUAUACAAAUUUGAUUAUUUUCUGUUUCAUGUAUUUGUAUAUCAGUGUAGUCUGUAGUAAGCAAUAAGAAACAAAAACAAGCGCCAGACAUUGAAUUGUAUAUUAUAUUUUUAUAUAUACAAAUACACAAAACUAACAAAAAAAAAAAGUUGCCAAACAAAAAAACAUUUUAUUAGAACAGACAUAUGAGAACAUUUUACCUUAAUUUCUUUAUACAUUUUUAAGUCUCCAAAGAAUACUCAUUUUAUUAUCGUCAACAAUUAUAUUUUAAACACGUUUUUUAAUCUGCUUUGCUUAUUAUUGUUCCUAGAAACUUUUUUCGGCAGCUAAAAUGCAUAGUCAACUCAAUGAACAUGAUAUUGCUCAACUUGUAGUGCAUAAGUUAAUGCAACAGAUCAACACGUAGACAUAUCCUUGGAACAUACAAUAAUAAUUACUUUAAUGCGGCCGUAGCAGCAACAAAAAAAAAAAAACAAAAAAAAAUAAUAUAAAUAAUGAGUAUAAAAUUAAAAUAUUAAUGCAUAAUAGUUUUUAACUUCAAGCUUCCAGUGACAGAAAGAUAAAAAAAAAAAAAGAAAACCCAGAAACGGAAACGUGAAAAUUGUGUAGUAAGCAUUAAAAUAAAGUACAUUAUUAGCUCUUACUAUGUAGCACUUUCUUUGUGUGUUGUGUAAAAAACAAAAAGCUAAACGAAAAAAGAAAAAAGAAACAAAAUCAGAAAUGAAAAAUUUUCAAAAACAAUUAUAUAACAAAUAACUUCACAUCGUUUCAGUGUUGUUCAUUUUGGGUCUAGACCACAAAACUUCCCUAAGCAAGCUAAGAAUUUAUUUUACACAUACUCUAUAAAGUCUAAUGCACACAAUUCACUUUUACAGUUGUGUAUUUUGAAAUGUAUGUUGGAAAAACAAAUCCAAAGAAAUAAAAAAAAAAAAAAAUAUAUAAGUAAAUAAGUAAAAAUAGAAAGGAAAUGCUCAAGAAGUAAUUUGACCUCGUUCUCUAUUUCGAUUCUUAGACAGCUACUGUCGCAAAAUUUAUACUAGUUGUUUAUAAAUAAUAUAAACCAAUAUAUCUUUGAUUCGUUUUUGUGUGUAUGUAACUGUGCAAUUGAUCUUUCGAAUUUAUCCUUUUAAUCAAACAAAAUCCAAAAAUAUUUACUCUUCAUUGAUUAUACUCCAUGCGAUAUUUGAUUGUAGCCUGGUGAGAAAUCUGCAAUCUUGUGUUUUCUACUAAACAAUUCGUUGUCUGAGAUUGUAAAUAAUUACUAUGAAUUUUCUUAUUCUCACACACAUUUGCACAGCCAUACAACGGCAACUUGAAGCAAUUUAUGUCAUACUCAGAUUUUAAAUGUUUCUUUAAAUAUCAUUAUACAAAAAAAAUUAAAAAAAAAAAAUAAUAAUAAUAAUAAAAAAAAUAACAUAUUAAGUAUAAUUACGUUGACAUUUUUCAAGCCAAAGUUUAUAUUUAAAAAUGAUUUUUAGUUAGAUUUAGUUUUUAUGCCGACGACAGACACAAAAAUAAAAUAAUACUAAAUGAAACAAAUCAAUUCAAACCCAACAAUUGCCAAAUUAAAUGUAGCUUUCAAGUGAAUAGACACUUAAUUAAAGUAACAAAAAUAAAAGAAAAACUUUUAAAAUAGCACAGAAAUAAAUACAUAUUAACAACAACUAGAAAAACUUAAAGUAUAUCACACUCUUUGGCAGCACACACAAAAAUAAAUAAUUGAACGAAAAACAAAUACUUUUGGGUUUGAUAUACAAGGCGAAAUAAACCAAGUAGUUAUUAAAAAUUAAACAUAAUAUAUAAUACAUACAAAAAAAAAAAUUAUAAACUCAACUUCCACCGCAAUUUUUUAAUACAAAAACAAAACACAGUCUUAAGCAAGGUAUGAACUAAAGUCAACCUAAGUCUAAAUAUGUAAAAUGCAAAUGCAACUCAAUCAAACACUGCAGCUAUAAUGUUAUAUAUAUAUUUAUAAACAUAUAUAUUUAUAAAUAUAUAUAUAUGCAUAUAUAAACAUAGCUACUUAUAAAAGAUAUUUUAAUUUUUACUUGAUUAUCUGUGCGCCCAUCCCUCUUACACACACCCAAUUUUAACACCCAGUACAAGAGCAAGAAUGAGAAUUACGAAUCUUUAAGCUGUAAUCUUUAAUCUGUGUAGUCUAACCAUAAGCCAACGCCGCUUUUGUUCACUUUCACAUAGAGCAUACGCAUAGGCGUUAUAUAAAGUAUAAAUAUAAACUAUAUAUAUAAAUAUAUAUUAUAUGAAAAAACAAAAAUAAA